UCUGUCUGCUUCUUUAAGAAGUGUAUUAGGUGACUAUAUUUCGUAAAAGCAUAUAAAGACGUCUCAUAUAUUGAACAAGUGAUUGCACUGACUUUUGUGUUUUUUUGAUAUGAACAUUUUGUUUACUUCAUAGUGAAUUAACUUAUAGUUGUAUAUAUACAACAGUUAUAUAUUAACUUCCGCUGAGUAUGAUCUAUAUAGGAAUCAUAGGCAUAUAAAAUGAUAGUUCGACAUUUAUUGCGGAAUAACUUCAGGGUAGCAUCUUGGCCAUUCUGCCUCAGAGGGUUGUCAUUCUCGUAUACUACCGGUUCAUUACAACCACAACAACAGACAGAAGCUAUAAAACAACUUAGAAGAGUAACGAGAAGCGGAAUCGUAGAAUGUAAACAAGCGUUGGACAAAUUUAAUUGGGACCUAGAUGCUGCCAUUCAACAUAUUAGACGCAUACAACAGGAAUCUGAAUAUGACAUCGACCUGAACAAGCAGCUAUUUGGUAAAAUCGCAUUAUUUGAUGAUAUAAAACCAGAUACAUACUCCACUAUUAUUGAAUUGUCAUGUAAUUGUGAUUUUGUCACCACAAGUAGGGAGUUUGGACAAUUAUCGUAUCAACUUACCAACCGAAUUCAGCAGGCUAUUGAUUCCGAUGAUAUAUCCAUUGUACUAAGUGACACGUACGGGAUAAAUAUCAUCGAUGUUGAUAAAGUAAAUGACUUGAUAUAUGAAAAUGAUACAACAAUCGGACAAAAGCUACAGACAGUUUCGGCCGAAUAUAAACGCAAAGUACUCCUUACAAACAUUAUUUUGUACAGAAGUAUGCAAAAUGUAGAUCAUACAGGUGUAUAUUUACAUCAUAAAAUGCAUCAUGGGAAUUGCAUUACAGGCGAUCGCCUGGGAAUAGUUACGAUCCGUUGUGAAUCCGAUAAUGAAAAUAUUUCGCGAAAUAUUGAAAGGCCAAUAGCACAAAUUGCAAGAUGUUUAGCAUUACAGGUAGUCGCCAACCCAGUUACAGAGAAAGCAUCUUUACUCCCUGGUGAAAAUGAGUUAAUAAUGGAUAUCAAGGAUAUACUCGCUGAAGAAUGGCUUCAACCAGAUGUCGUUAAGAAUCAAGUCAAUGAAAUUUGUCAAUCAGCUAACGUUAUGGUUCCCAAAUUCGCAGAGAAUAUAACUGUCGGUGAUACAUUACGCGCCAUUCAGGAGUCUACGCAAUGCCCAACGCUCAUCGUUAAGAACGCAUUAUGUAUGAAAAUUGGUAGCAAACCAAUAUUGUACAAAUGAUAGUGUUAACAUAAAAUACAAUUAGCGUUCCACACUAUAU